CUCCCCCCCCCAGCCUCCCCAGGAGUACAGACCCUCUCCUCUUCAUGAUCACAAUGGAGUCAGUGCUGAACCCGCUGCCACAGUUCCCAGAAAACUCCUAUAAAAUGACUGAGGAGGAUGUGAAGAGGCUCAUAGAGUUCCGGGCGUCCAACGAGGCUCUGUUCACCGGGAAGAGGAACUCCGCCAAGAUAGCGUGGAGCACCAUCCUUAAAGGCCUGGGUCUGGAAGGGAAGCUGACUGCAGACCAGAUCGCCAAGAAGUGGGACAACCUGCGCACAAAGUACAAGGACCUGAAGCAGCCGUACCAGGGCCAGGACGCCAUCGGGGCCGUGGUGGAGUCGUGGCCGUGGUUCCACAUCAUGGACGAAGCGAUGCAGGGUCGCCUCUACAACAGCAACCUGGUCCUCAGCCCCGACACCGCCGGCAGCGCCGCUCACCGCUGCAGCAGCCAGCAAACCCAGAACCAGGAGAACACCGACAUCCUGGAGUUCCUCAUCAAGACGGAGAUGGAGGACACGGUGGCGGCGGAAACCGCUGAGGAUGAUGGGACGGUUCCCGCAGAGGCUCCUCCUGCUGAGGGAGUCCCGAUGGGCUGGAGGAGGAUGACCGAGUGCUCCUAUAAAAUGACUGAACCAGAAACAGAGAGAAUGAUCAAACUUCGAGCCGCCAACGAAGCACUCUUCACCGGCAGGAAACAUUCAGCCAAACCGGCCUGGAGAGCCAUUCUGUACGAGCUGGGUCUUCAGGGGAAGCUGACCACGGAUCAGUUAGCAAAGAAGUGGGACAACCUGAAGAGGAGAUACAAGGAGCUGAAGUUUCCUGCUCGAGGCGUGGAGACCAACCCGAGCUCCUGGCCCUGGUUCUACCGAAUGAACGACGCCAUGGAGGGGCGUUUCGCGGGGGCGGCGCCGAUCCUCACGCCCAUCGUGGAGGACGAAGACGAGGACUGCGAGCCGCUGUCGCCCACGCCCAAGAAACGAGCCCGCCGGAGCCGAGGGGGGAUGGCCGAGUUCCUGACGGAGUCGGAGAUGGACCUGCUGGUUGAUAACGAGGAGAAGAACGGAUCCUCGGCGCUGGGAGAGCUGCACCGGAUGGCCGAGUUCACCUACAAAUUGACAGAGGAAGACACCAGGCGACUAAUUGAGUUACGAGCCGCUAACGAGUCUCUGUUUACGGGGAGGAGGAACACCGCCAAACCGGCCUGGAGGGGGAUCGUGAAGGAGAUGGGUCUGACGGGGAAGAUAACACCUGACCAGGUUGCCAAGAAGUGGGACAACCUGAAGACCAAGUUCAAGGACCUGAAGUUCCCUCCUCGGGGGAUGGAGGGCCAGAUGAACCCGGCCUCCUGGCCCUGGUUCCAGCUGAUGAGCGACGCUCUGGAGGGACGGCUGGCGGGGAAAGCUCCCAGAGUGACGCCCGUGUGGAGCAGCGAGGAGGACGGCGUCUUCGGCUCGUCCCCGCCCCCCGACAGAGACUGCCUGAUGGCAGAGAGGAGCAGCGUGUCGGAGCUGGAGAGCAUGGUGGGCGGAGACAACACCGAGGCUGACGGGAACGUCACCUACAUCGACGCCAGCGGGGAGGAGUGUUCCACGCCCUCAGACCUCUCGUAUAAAAUGACGGACCAGGACACCAGGAGGAUGAUUAAACUUCGAGCUGCCAACGAGGUGUUGUUCACUGGGAGGAGGAACGCCGCCAAAGCCGCCUGGAAAGCCAUCCUGAAGGAGCUCGGGCUGCAGGGGAAAGUCUCCACCUACCAGAUGGCAAAGAAAUGGGACAAUCUGAAGAGGAGAUACAAGGAUCUGAAGUACCCUCCUGUUGGGAUGGAGAGCGUCGCAGACGGCAGCUCCUCCUGGCCGUGGUUUCACCUGAUGAACGAAGCCAUGGAGGGCCGGCUGGCGAGCAGCGCCCCCCUCCUCACCCCCGUCACACAGGACGACGAGCAGCAACCCGACCCCGCCCCCAGACACCGGUCCCGCCCCUCCCAUCCUCCCCCUCCCCCCUCGUCCUCCUCGGACUACGGACAGGAGGCGUUCGGUGACUCCGCCGCCGCCGAGCAGAACCAGCGGAACUCGGAGUCGUGCAACGGGCCGCUGGGAGGACUGGAGAGGGAGUGGGAGAUGGUGGAGAGGGAGAGGGCGACGCUGGAGCGAGAGAGGGAGAUGAUGGAGAGAGACAGGGCGUCUGUGGAGAGAGAGCGGGCGGCGGUGCAGGCGGAGAGAGUGUGGCUGGAGCGGGAGAGGGCGGCGGUGGAGCGGGACAGAGCCAUGGUGGAGCAGGAGAGAGCGACGCUGGGCAGAGAGAGGGAGGUGCUGGACCAGAGAGCCUUGAUGCUGAACUCUGUAGGACACUCCGGACACCUCAACGCCCUCAUGUAGACUCUGGGACGUAGACCGUCCCUGCAGAGACAUCCUGGUCUGUGCUGGAGGAGUAAACCGCACUGACAGACCACGGGGGAGACCUGGUCCGCCGCUGUGGUCGAGCCACGUUUGGAUGUAGGUUGUUGGUCUUCCGGAGACCCGACCCCGCUGGGGGUCCGGCCCUGGACCUGUAGACCACCCGGAGGUGUUAACAGGAGAGCUGCACGAUUAAUAGUUAAUGAACUCGUCCCUGUUGAAGGUAGGAUCUGGAUCCAUGAGGUCGACUCUGACAGAUCGAUAACUCCAAAACCGAUCAUCAAUCAUUUUAAUCAUUUUAACAAUACUGAUAUUUUAAUUUAGCUUUUUUAAAGAAUUAUAUUUACACCCACCACAGAGCUUCCAUAUUCUGUCAUAUUCACUGAAUAAAGCAGUUCCACCUUAAACACACUGAAUAAAGCAGUUCCACCUUAAACACACUGAAUAAAGCAGUUCCACCUUAAACACACUGAAUAAAGCAGUUCCACCUUAAACACACUGAAUAAAGCAGUUCCACCUUAACAAUCACUGCUUCUCCCACGCUGUUGGACAGACAAAGGACGUCCCGGAGGGGCUGCGAGCCGAGCUGCUGCUAACGUUAGCUCAGCUUGUUUCUCUGAUAACUUAAGAUCCAGACGUCCGAUGACUAAAAUCCUUCAUCUGGUUCAAAUCUAGAGUUAAAAAGCAUUACCAGAUAAAUGUCCUGAACUAUUAAAUAUUGAUAUAUAUAAAUAUAUUGAUCAUCAGGCUGUUUUGGUGGCUGCUGCGCUCUCAGUGAGCUACACACAGCGAGUUUAAUCAUCAAUAAUUCCCCUCAGUGUUCACACUGAAGUAACAAGCCAGUUUUUAAAGCUCAGAUGAUGAUGAUGAUAAUAAUAAUAAUAAUAAUAAUGAUAAUGAUAAUGAGGAAGUCAGUACACUAACAAAGUGUUUGAACUUUGUCAUUAUGUCCUGAAAUGUGGCUGCCUUUAUCAGGAUGUCAUACAGUAAGUGUAUGUAGCAGAACAGCAUUCAAAUAUGAAAUCAUUGAAUCAGUUUGAACUGUAAUGUCAGAGCGGAUUAUGGCAACACACACACACACACUGUAAUAACAGCUGGAUUAACACACACACACACACACACACACACACACUGUAAUAACAGCUGGAUUAACACACACACACUGUAAUAACAGCUGGAUUAACACACACACACUGUAAUAACAGCUGGAUUAACACACACACACUGUAAUAACAGCUGGAUUAACACACACACACACACUGUUAUAACAGCUGGAUUAACACACACACACACACACACACACACACUGUAAUAACAGCUGGA